AUGAGCCAACAAGAGUGGCCUCAGAGAUGGCCCCUAACACAAGCAAAACAAACACUCAGGGGUUUAGGAAUCGCUCAAAGUCCUGAUCAAAGUGCAGCUACCCUUGAGUGGGAGGAUGACGAAGGACAUAGGGGAACUUUUCAGCCCUAUGUCUGCAAUAUUCCUAUUUCCCUCUGGGGACAAGAUGUUUUGGAACAGAUGAGCAUCCGCCUGACAACUGAAACUAUAUACAGCCCCCAAUCAAUAGCUACAGGUAUACCCUACAAUCCACAAGGUCAAGGAAUAAUUGAACGCGCCAAUGGCACCUUCAAACGAUGCUUACAAAAAAUAAGAAAAGGGGGAAUAGGGGAUGACUACAAGUCACCCCGUGAUCUUACAUCUCUCACCCUUUACAUUUAA